CGACCACCGCCGCCGCCGGCAGGUUCCAGCACCACCCGUCCCCUCGCACCGCCCGUCCCCUCACACCGCCGGGGCCUUCCCCGCCUCCGGAGGGGAGGCGCUCCGGAGCCCGUCUUUCCAACUGGUUUGUCCCUCCGGCCGACCUGUAGCGCUUUCCUCUUCCCCUCCCUCCAUCAUGGAAGGAGCAGCGGCCUCCUCCGAGGGCCUGCGCUAUGCCGAGUACGCCAGGGUCCCUGCAGGCGCCGGCAAGGGCCAAGCCGAGCUGGACCGAGGGCUGGUGAGCGGCUUUCGCAGCCCCGCGGGGCCAGAACCAUGAUAGCGGUUGGACUUGGUGUUGCAACUGUUGCAUUUGCAGGUCGUUAUGCUUUCCGCCUUUGGAAACCAUUGGAGCAGGCAAUUACAGAGACAGCAAAGAGGAUUUCAACUUCUAGUCUUUCAUUGCACUAUAAAGGAGGAUUUGAACAGAAAAUGAGUAGGCGAGAAGCUAGUCUUAUUUUAGGUGUAAGUCCGUCUGCUGGCAAGGCCAAAAUCAGAACAGCCCAUAGAAGAAUCAUGAUUUUGAAUCAUCCUGAUAAAGGUGGAUCACCUUACUUAGCAACAAAAAUCAAUGAAGCAAAGGACUUGUUGGAAUCCACUGCCAAAAACUGAAGUCCGAAGCCUUGGGUCAUAAGAGAUUCAGAAGAUACAUCAUGCAACGGUUUUGAUGUUCACUCUGCACAAUUUCUUAAAGCUGCAUUGAUUAUUCCUAUUUAUUGUCAUAAUUAAUUUUUUUUAAGAUUAUUUAAAAGCAAACUGAAAUAUUUUACAGUUAUGUAAAGCUAUGUACAUUUAGGCUCCUUCGAGGAGCAGGGAGUUGGACUAGAUGAUCCUUAUGGUCCCUUCAAACUCAAGAUUUUCUAUGUAUCAAUUUCAGUACAUUUUUACUGAAUUGUGAUCCAUUACAGGCUUUGAAAAUGUUCUACUGUCUGUGUCUUUUCUUCAGAAAUAGUUGCUUCUUUCAUUAAACUUCUGGAACUUUUUGCAAUUAAAAAAAUAGUCUUCAAAA